CGUAAUCUCUGGUUGAAUGGUGAUUGGUGAUCACGAGAAAAAUACACGUGUUUCUAAUUAAAAGGGCUCAGCGCCACCUUUCUUUUACUCCAAUUAAAUUACUAUGAUUGUGAAUACGAUGAGGUAUACAUAAAAUUAUAAAAAUUAUGUAAUUUUCUUCCAAUACUCAGUGGUAUUAUAAGAAAUAAAACAAUAAUUAAAUGUAACUAUAUUUAAUUAAAAUACUAAUAAUAAAUCAAAAAACACAUCAUUCCAAGAAAUCAACCUAAGAAUUAAAGUUUACAAACUGAAAUUUGCUGGCUACUUACGGUAUUCAGAAAGUUUUAAUUUUAUAUUUUCAAAAAUGUCCAAUAAAUUACUUAUCGCAUCUAUAGUAAAAUGUUUAACACAAAUAUUAAAUGAAGAUGAACUUGCCGCUGAUUCUCGAGAAAGUUUGGAAGUAUCAAUUCAAUGUUUAGAAAGUGCAUUUGGUGUGAAUAUUGUUGACGCUGAUCAAGACUUCGAUAUAUUACAGUUAUAUCGUAAUAUACUUACUGUCAAGAACCAAAAAAAUUUAUAUGACAUUACCAAAGAUGCGAAAAUUGAAGCUGAAAAACUUAAGAAUGAAGGGAAUGCGCUCAUGAAAAUAGAAAAAUAUCAGGAAGCUCUCCUAAAUUAUACAAAGGCAAUCGAACUCGACAAUAAAAAUGCCGUCUUUUAUUGCAACAGAGCAGCAGUUUAUAGCAAACUGAGUAAUCAUCAACAAGCCAUUAAAGACUGUCAAUUGGCUCUAUCCAUAGAUCCAAAUUACAGUAAAGCAUAUGGUAGAUUGGGAUUAGCAUUUUCUAGUCUUAACAAGUUACAAGAAGCUAAAGAAAGUUAUCAAAAGGCUUUAGAACUUGAACCAAAUAACGAGAGUUUUAAAAAUAAUUUACAAAUCGCAGAAGAAAAAUUGAAUCAAUAUACGUGUCAAUCAACUGGAGUGGAAAAUAUAUCAUCUAAUAUGCCAAAUUUAGAUUUGAGUUCAUUGUUAAGUAAUCCUGCUCUCAUGAAUAUGGCUAGUCAAAUGCUAUCUGAUCCAACUAUGCAAAAUAUGAUGAGCAAUCUUAUGAGUGGUAAUGUGGAACAAGGCGGAAGAAUGGAAGCUCUUAUUGAAGCAGGUCAGCAAUUGGCUCAACAAAUGCAGAGUGCAAAUCCAGAAUUAAUCGAUUCUCUUCGAAGACGAAUGGGUAGGAAUUCUAAUGAUUCAGAAAAUCCUGGAAACGAGGAACAUUGAACGUUAUAUUGAACAAUGUUAUCGUCAGCAAUAUUUUUCAUAUAAAAACUUCAUUGGUUCAUUUUUUUAUUGAGUUUUAUAUAAUGAACAAUUUCAAUCAUUAUUUUGUAAUCAUACAUUUUUUCAAUUUAGUUAAUUAUUUCUCACUUCUAGUUCGUCGAUAUUCAACUUUAAUCAGUCAAAAAAUUUGAUCUGUCAGAAUAAACGAAUUCGACCAUUACGUGCAACUAUAAAUGUAGAUAUCUUCAUACAUGAUUAUUUUACA